AUGUGCCUUGUCUGCGGAAGUCGAAGUGACCGUGUAUCCUGGAAACGUGUUCGAGAUCUUAUUGUAUCAGACGAUACUGUGCUUGAUCCCACGUCCUCCAGUUCUGGUUCCAAGAGCACUACCACCAAAGCCAACGCCAAACUGUCACCAUCACAGCGAAAAUAUGUAGCAGAAACAUUCGAGAAAAUCGCCAACGAAGAUAAAUGGUGUUUGAACCUGCAAGGAGACGAAAGAAGAUAUGUAGAAGAAGGAAUGCACAAAGUUGCAUUACAGUACAAAUUCCACCAUCCCGUUCACUGCCUCAUCAUCGAUCCCACGGAUGCUGUCUGGAAAGACAUCUUCUUGCCUGAAGAUUUAAACGCGAUCAUCAACUUUAAGAAGCCCAUGCUUCCCAAACUUCCCGCCGAUUUUGAGGAGUAUUUACUCUCAUACAAUGGAAAGAAGGAUGUCAAGAGUUUGGUGGCUCGGCGACGCGAAGUCGAUUUUGAUCCGUUUGAAGCGCCAGAGUUGUAUUGGGCACAUAAAGCUAUUGUUGAGGCCUCAGAUCUGUUUGUUUACAACUACUUGCCUUUCCAAGAUCACAGCGAAAGUGAUUUCACUAAACAGGAAGAGCAGAAGAGACAGGAGGAGAAGCAGGAAGAGAAGCAGAAGAGACAGGAAGAGAAGCAGGAAGAGCAGCAGGAAGAGAAGCAGGAAGAGAAGCAGGAAGAGACGCAGAAGCCAGUUCUUGUUGUCUACCUGAAAGUUAAUAUAUAUUCAAUUGUGGUUGCUCUAGUGUAG